AUGGUGGGCCUGGAGCAGAUCAAAGCCUCCAACGCCGGCAUCUCGACGACAUAUCCCGAGGGUCUCGUGGCUGUGUUUGCUGGUGCGACCUCGGGAAUCGGGGAAACGUCGCUUCGCGAGUUCACUCGCCACACCGUCAAGCCUCGCAUAUAUGUCAUUGGGCGAUCCAAGGAGGCGUGUGACCGACUUGAUGCUGAACUGAAGGAGCUUAAUCCAAGUGGGACGUACAGCUUCCUCCGGACCGAUACAAGUCUGCUACGCAAUGUCGAUGAUGUCUGCGCCCAGAUAAAAGAGAGAGAGACGGCUGUCAACGUCUUGUUCAUGAGCCAGGGCACGGCCAACUGGUACAAGGUCACCGAUGAGGGUUUGAACUACCUUGCCGGUGUGUGCUACUUUGGCCGCAUCCGCAUGAUCGCCAACCUGCUUCCAUUGAUGCAGCAGGCAGCAGGCUUGCGCCGCGUCGUGUCCUCCUGGACGGCUGGUAAUGAAGGGCCUGUAUACGACGACAAUUGGGUAGUAGGCAAUACGAAAAUCAAGGUCCCCUUGACGGCUGCUCGCGGCCACGGAACGUCAAUGAUGACCAUGGCCCUCCAGCAUCUCGCCAAGACAGCACCUACAGUCUCGUUUAUACACAACUUUCCAGGUGCAGUGAGGACCAACCUAAUCCGAUCCGAUGACGGUCUCGAAACCCCCGUCCUAGAGUGCGGCGAGAGACAUGCCUUCUAUUGCACUAGUGCCAAAUAUCCCCCUGGCCGAGGGGAAGGCGCCUUAGGGGUCGCGCUGCCGGAAGGCGUAGGCGUUGCGAGGGGUAUUGAUGGCCAGGACGGCACCGGCGUUUACUCGCUUACAGAAGAAGGAGAGAGUGCCGACCUCAAAGUGGACGAGCUGCUGGCCAAGUAUGCACGGGAUGGUACGGCAGAGAAGCUUUGGACCUACACGCAAGGCGAGUUCACGAGGGUCAGGGGUAAUUCAUCCAUCUGA